GGAACCACCUCCGUCGUGCCCACGUCCAAACGAGGCGGGGCCGGCUGACCCCUCCGUCUCAUUCUGGACGGACCACCAACAGGACAGCGCUGCUCUGCUGCUGCUGCUGCUGUAGUAGUAGUUGUUGUUGUUGUUUGCGUAGGACAUUGGAGGAUCCGGCCAUGAAUUCGGCCGAACAGACGGUAACGUGGCUCAUAACGCUGGGGGUCCUGGAGUCUCCCAAGAAAAGCAUCUCUGAUCCGGAGGCUUUCCUCCAGACGUCUCUGCAGGAUGGAGCUGUGCUGUGCCGGCUGCUGGAGCGACUCAGACCCGGCACGGUGGACAAGUUUUUCCAGGAACCGAGGGGCGAAAGCGAGUGUCAGAGGAACGUCACUGAGUUCGUUAAAGGCUGCGCUGCUUUCGGUGUGGAGCCUUUUGAGGUGAAUGACCUCCUGCAGGGACUGAACUUCUCCAAGGUCCUCAACUCCUUGGUUGCCCUCAACAAAGCCACCGAAGAUUUUGGUGUUUCUGAAGACAGUGUGUUCGUGCCGCCCGCCUCACACUUGAGGAUCAAGUCCUUUGACUCUCUGAACACUCAGAGUCGCUCCUCCAAAGUGCUGCAGCCGCAGUACCGCAGCCUGGACAUGUCGGAGGGCAGCGCGUGUGGCCACGUGCUGUUCAGGGCGCGCUUUACUUUCCAGCAGACCAACGAGGACGAACUCUCUUUCUCCAAGGGCGACAUCAUCAGCGUGAGCCGGCAGGAGGAGGGGGGCUGGUGGGAGGGCUCGUUCAACGGCCGCUCCGGGUGGUUCCCCAGUAACUAUGUGCGGGAGCUGAAAGGAAGCGACAAGACAUUAGACAAGCCAAAGUCUGGCGCCCUGAAAAGCCCCCCCAAAGGGUUCGACACCACUAUCAUCAGUAAGACCUACUACAACGUGGUCCUGCAGAACAUCCUAGAAGCGGAGAGGGAAUAUUCGAGGGAGCUCCAGAGUCUCCUGGGUUCAUACCUGCGCUCCCUUCACCCCACAGAGAGAGUCAGCAGCGUAGACAUCAGUCACAUUCAGGGAAAUCUGGAGGAGAUCUCGACCUUCCAGCAGAUGCUGGUUCAGUCCUUGGAGGAGCAUACAAAACUCUCAGAGAAGCAGCAGAGGAUCGGGGGCUUCUUCCUCAAUCUGAUGCCCCAGAUGAAGCUCCUCUAUGUGGCCUACUGCUCCAACCACCCAUCUGCUGUCAAUGUACUCAUUCAACACAGUGAGGAGCUGGGGCAGUACAUGGAGGCAAAGGGGUCGCCCACUCCCGGGAUCCUGACUCUGACCACCAGUCUGAGUAAACCCUUCACCAGGCUGGAGCGGUACCCAACGCUGCUGAAAGAACUGGACCGGCACAUGGAGGACCAACACCCUGACAGGGCCGAUCUCGUUGCUGCCAUGAUGGACUUUAAAAACUUUGCAGCUCAGUGUCAGGAGGUGAGGAAGAAGAAGGAUCUGGAGUUGCAGAUUUUAACGGAGCCAAUCAGAAACUGGGAGGGGGACGACAUCAGAACUCUCGGGCCCGUCAUCCACAUGUCCCAUUCUACAGUCCAUACGCAGGACUGUCAGGAGUCAAAUGAACGCUACCUCGUCCUCUUCCCUCACACUCUGCUCGUACUCUCUGCCAGCCUGAGGAUGAGUGGGUUUAUCUACCAGGGAAGGCUGCCACUGUCAGGGAUGCUCAUCUCCAGAAUAGAAGACGGAGAAAACCUGAGGAAUGCUUUUGAAAUUUCCGGUAGUCAGUGUGAUCGGAUGCAGGUGGCCUGUAACACUCAGCACGACCUACAGGAGUGGCUGGACCUUCUCACCCAACACACACACACUCCAGCCACGCACGCACACCUACAAAAGCCUCAGUCCGUCUGUCACACGUUACCUCCUCAGCCCGCCGCUCCGUCCCGGCACUCAGAGUCUCGGGGCGGGAGCAUCGGACACGCGUACCACACCCUCCCUCAUCCCCCGUCGUUUGGGGCGGCCCUGGGCUGCAGCCCUUCGUGGGGGGCACUGGAGCCGCCGAACACCCCGAAGCCCUGGAGCCUGAGCUGCCUCCGCCCUGCUCCGCCACUCCGGCCCUCGGCGGCUCUCUGCAUGAAGGAGGAUUUAAAUAAGAGUCCUAAGAACAUGAAGAAGCUUUUGCCGAAGAGGAAGCCAGACAGGAAACCUUCAGAGGAGGACUUCACUGUCCGAAAAAGUACAGCCGCUCUAGAGGAGGACGCUCAGAUACUGAAAGUGAUCGAGGCUUAUUGUACCAGCGCCAAGACACGACAGACGCUCAACUCCACCUGGCAAGGGACUGACCUCAUGCACAACCACGUGCUCGCUGACUCCAGCCUCACCGUCGCUGUUGUCCCCGGCAACCUGCCUGGUUCUGACCAGUCAGAGGACUCGGAUUAUGACAGUCUCUGGACCGCCAAUAGUUACAGGACUGCCUCUUUUUCCCGCUCCAGCAGGAAGGAGGUGCACAUGUUGUUCCCAGAGGAGGAGAAGAUCAUUGUGGAGGAGACCAGGAGCAACGGGCAAACAGUAGUGGAGGAGAGGAGUCUGGUGGACACUGUGUACAGUCUGAAGGAUGAAAUCCAGGGGCUCAAACAGGACAACAAGAGGAUGAGGCGGACGCUGGAGGAGGAGCAGCGUGCGAGGAAAGAGCUGGAGAAGAUCGUCAGGAGGGUUCUGAAGGACAUGAACGACCCCACCUGGGACGAGACUAACCUCUGAGAUCACGCGAGCCCUACGUCCAACUCGAUUACGACCAAAUGAGCCGCAAUUCCACCUGCGUGGACAGAAGCUGCCAAUUAUUUAUUCAACACGUCUUUGCCAUUUCCACUUACUUUAAACUUUGCGGUGACCUUUUGUAUUAAACUGCGAGAGAAAAACGCCUGCCAGACAACAGCAAAGCCAUCCAACAGACCAAAAAGCUGUGAAGCCAAAUUAGCUGGUAUUUAUGGUUACUGACUACUGUCACCUUUUUUUCCCUCCAGCACUCAAUAUUAUGAUGGUCAGAAGGUUUGACUUUUUAAUGAGAGCACUAAACCAGCUGAGUCAUUGAUUUGCAUUGAAAGCGUGCUGCAUUCAUUUUAGUUUUUCCUAACUUCAGGAGCUAAACUAUACACAGCUUGCUGCUUUUUAUUUUUCAAGACCAAAGUCCAAACAAUACAACACUGGGAAAUAUUUUUAAAAUGAUUUUUACAAUGUCAAAAUGCAACUUACUGUGUAAUGGUUUCUUAUUUUUAUAUUUGAGGUUGUGUUUUUACUCUGGUUUUGAUUUGUGACACUACUUAUUUUCUACUUGACCUUUUUGAUCACGCUAAUGAUGAUCUGUGCAUCUCUCAUGAAUGAUGUGAGACGUGCCUUUGGGUGAAUAUGUGUAUUACUGAAGGAAAUUAGAAACCAUCCUAAUGGAAGCUAUGGGAUACAAUUUGUCAGGUAUUGACUCUUAAUUUAUAUAUUUAAAUAAAAGUGACUGAUGUUAAUGUAUUGUGUGUUCAAAUGAUGUAAUGUGAUGAUGGUCAUUACAGAAGAUACUCUGACCAAAAUCAUCCCCCAUCUAUUUAUUUCAUUCAUUCUUCUGCGAAUAAAAUGUUGAACAGUU